GCUUUCUUCUAGAGGGUUUUGAGCUAGGGUUCUUCGAUCGCUGGGCUUGGCGCUGCUUCUCGGCAGCAAUGCGCUAGCCCCGGAUCGGCUCUCCGGCGCAUUGGAUUCGCGAUUUCGAGCACGAUGGUUGAGCUAAACGGAGGUCGAUACAUCGGCAAGCAUGGCCUGGAAGCACUGCACAGAUAUAAGUACAGCGGCGUGGACAAAUCUUACAUGGCCAAGUACGUGUUCCAGCCCUUCUGGUCGCGAUUUGUCAACUUGUUCCCACUCUGGAUGCCACCGAACAUGAUUACCUUGUCUGGAUUUCUUCUCGUGGUGGCAUCGGCGUUCCUGAGCUAUGUGUACUCUCCUCACAUGGACUCCCCCAGUCCCAAAUGGGUGCACUUCCUCCAUGGGCUGCUUUUGUUUCUUUACCAGACGUUUGAUGCGGUAGACGGUAAACAGGCGAGGCGAACCAAUUCUUCCAGUCCUCUUGGAGAAUUGUUUGACCAUGGCUGCGAUGCCCUCUCUUGUGCGUUCGAAACGAUGGCUUUCGGUGCUUCUGUUAUGAGUGGAUCGCAUACUCUCUGGUUCUGGGCCAUAGCAACUGUUCCUUUUUACAUGGCUACCUGGGAGCACUACUUCACAAAUACUUUGAUUCUUCCUGAAGUCAAUGGCCCCACUGAGGGUCUCAUGUUGAUCUAUCUGAUUCAUUUUUUCACAUCUCUUGUUGGCCCUGUUUGGUGGCAGCACAACUUUAGAGAAGCCAUACCGUUCCUGCGUGGUCUACCGCUACUUCCUGACAUGCCGGUGAACGUUUUUAUCAUAUGGUUAAUGCUACCAGUUGCUGUUUUGCCAACCAUUCUGUCUAACGUGAUCAAUGUCUACAAAGUUGUUCACGCGCGUAAAGGAAGCAUGCUGCGAGCAUUGGCCAUGCUGGUGCCGUUCUUUGUGCUUCUUGGAAGCAUUGUGAUAUGGGGUUGGCUGUCACCUACUGAUGUGCUUCGCACCCAGCCACAUCUCAUGCUAUUGGGUUCGGGUUUUGCGUUCGGGUACUUGGUGGGAAGGAUGAUCCUGUCGCAUCUCUGUGAUGAGCCCAAAGGACUAAAGACGGGCAUGUGCCUGUCGUUAGUUCUCCUGCCACUUGCCAUCGCCAAUGCGCUCUCAUCUAAAGUCCUUGGAGGGAAACCUUUAUUCGACGAGUUCCUUUUGCUCCUUGUCUACUGUGCAUACACAAUGGCACUGUACAUGCACUUUGCUGUUAGCGUCAUACGCGAGAUCACGGGCUCGCUAGGCAUCCACUGCUUCAGAAUUAAGCAAAAGAGAUGAGAAUGCGGAGGGGGAACUGACUCGUAGCAUUUUGAUUGAGCAGUAUCACCUACGUGACACAUCGAACCAUGUGAUGAGAAAGGGGGCAAUUUUGUUGCGAUGGCUUCUGGGAAUACUCGACAAAUAUCCCACGGGUUUUGCAAACGCUGAUUAUUUCUAAUUUUGUUUUUUCUUCUUCUUUAAUUGGAAUGAUGUUUUUCUCUGGUUUU